CCGGAUGUCUGCCCUCCGUGUGCUCAAAUAUUAGUCGCCUUCUUCGAUUGCAAUCCCACUUUUCUCCCCCAGAGCCACCUGUGGUGGAGAAGAUGUGGUCCAGCCUCCAACGUUCGUCUCCCAGAAUAUAUCGCGUAGCCCCGCAUGUACCAAUCCGUCAUCAAAAAAGACGUCUUGAUUGUUGGAGACUUGGAAGCAGUUGGGUCCAUCAAUUUAGCUCUUGUCUCAGACUCUCAAACUUGGGGUUCAGGGACCAGUCGUCUUUGAUAAGCACACACUACACUUGGACCAAUCGGGGCUCUCCACGAAAGCCGUUGGAUUACACACUGUGGAGUCGCUCUGAGUAAGCAGGCAUGUGAUGCUUGUGGUCCUUUGGCUGAGCUGUCGGCAAAAUAAGCUACUUUCCACUUGUCUCUGUCUCAGAAAAUCGCUGCCAUGACUCGGUAGCCUUUUCCGUGUCUCAGACCAAGCAGUAGAGUGCUUAUGUCUCGUCGCUCAGCAUUGUCAGCACGGAUGAUGACGAAUCAACCCUCUAGUAACUAACUAUUUGGAAUCAUGGUCGCUAAGCUGUACUGUCGUCUCCUAAUAUAUGAUUUGAGGAUUGUGGCGUCUAUUAAUUAACGUCCCGCUUCGCAUCAUACGAUGUUUUGCUCAGGAUGGGUAUCGUUUCGCUCCAGCAGUUCCGCUGCUUGGUAGAUUACUGCAAGGUGUACUAAUCAGCCUCACCUCGACACGUGAUGAUCCUACGGCUAUAUAACCGCAAUGGGCAGAUUGUGCAUUCGUAUAUCGAAACGUGAUCGUUGAUGACGGCAGUCGGUGCUUCUAACCUUGGAGCUCUUCUCGAAUUCGGUCCAUUUGAUCGCCAUGUCCUGGUUAACGCCCUCGCCCGCUAGGGGGAUCGGCGCAGCUCCGAAUGCCUAUCACCUUGUCUAUGCUCGACCAGCGGCUACCACCGGUAUUCAACGAAAUCUCCCGGUAUAUGGCACCAGAUUCAACUCCUCGGAGUCUGGCGACAACUCUAAAGAGUUUUUCCCCCCGCCCAAGGCACCUCAUAUCAAGCAGGUGAAAACAGCAUGGGUUCAUCCGGUGUACACGGAUGAGCAGAUGCGUGCGGUCGCCGUUGGCCACCGUGAUGCGAAAAAUUGGUCUGACCGUGUAGCUCUUGGUACCGUCAGGGUUUUGCGCUGGGGAAUGGAUCGUGUUUCAGGGUACAGGCACCCUGCCCCAGGGCAGGAGCACCUUCCCCGGUUCCAAAUGACCGAGAAGAAGUGGCUUACACGCUUUAUCUUCCUUGAGAGCGUCGCGGGGGUUCCGGGGAUGGUGGGUGGGAUGCUUAGACAUCUUCGAAGCCUGCGGGGGUUGAAACGGGAUAAUGGCUGGAUCGAAACGCUUUUGGAAGAAGCUUACAACGAACGAAUGCAUCUGCUUACCUUUCUGAAACUCGCCAAACCCGGGCUCUUCAUGCGCCUCCUCGUCCUCGGCGCACAGGGAGUCUUUUUUAACGGCUUCUUUCUCUCGUACCUUGUCUCACCUCGAACCUGUCAUCGCUUCGUGGGGUACCUGGAGGAAGAGGCCGUACUUACCUACACCCGUGCCAUCAAAGACCUUGAAGCAGGUGCGCUUCCGGGGUGGGAGAAGAUGGAAGCUCCUGAAAUCGCCGUACAGUACUGGAAAAUGCCAGAGGGAAACCGAACCAUGAAGGAUCUUCUUUUGUAUGUACGGGCUGACGAGGCGAAGCAUCGAGAGGUCAACCAUACUUUUGGCAACCUCAACCAGGCAUCAGAUCCUAAUCCGUAUGCUGCUGAGUAUAAGGAUCCUGCACAGCCUCAUCCGGAGAAGGGCCUCACGCAUGUCAGGACGAAGGGGUGGGAAAGGGAUGAGGUUAUUUAGGGUUGGAGGUGUUGUGUACAAAAUAUGAGACCCUUCAUAGCGCUUUCUUUAACAUAUAGUAACUUCAAUGGACCCGUAGGUUGGCCGAAGGUCUCAAGCAACCGCUUUGUUGGGG